AGUGCCUUGAGACAACUCUUGUCGUGAUUUGGCUCUAUAUAAAUAAACUUGAAUUUGUAUGAAUGUAAGUAUGUGAUUUAUGAUUUAAUGAUGCUGAUGCUGAUUGCUUAUCUUUCACCUCCUCUUCACACUGUCUUCUCAUCUGUCUCUCCUCCUGUUCUUCUGCCAGGGGAGCAUCUGCGCAUCUGUUCUCAGGGGUAUACCUGCUGCACCAGCAUCAUAGAGGACAACCUGGCCACUCUGAGUGUCAAGGAGGUGGACGGAAUUCUCAGAGAAUCUCGACGAUCUUUACUGACCUCGCUUAAUGGACAGCAAAAGGCCUUUGAUGGCUUUGUGCGCGAGUUGUUGAACCGCUCCAUAUCGAACCUUAAAGAUACUUUUACAUCAACUUGGGGUUCUUUAUACUCCGAAAACUCCCAGGUUUUCUCUGACCUGUACAAGGACUUGAUGGGCUACUAUGGAGGCAACAGCGCCAAUCUGGAGGAGGUGCUGAGUGAUUUCUGGACCAAGCUUCUGGAGAGAAUAUUUUACCAAACAAACAAGCAGAGUUCAAUAGGUGAAGACUAUCUGGAGUGUGUAUCCAAGCAAAUGGAAACUCUGCGACCCUUUGGGGAUGCACCACAUAAAAUGGCGGUACAAGUCACGCGCACAUUCGUGGCUGCACGCUCAUUCAUUCAAGGAUUGUCUUCCAGUGUGAACGUAGUGCGCAUAGUGGGACAGGUGAAACUGAACCAGGUGUGUGCGAAAGCCAUCAUGAAGAUGACUUACUGUGCUCGCUGUGAGACCAUGUCCUCUGCAAUGCCUUGUUCCAACUAUUGCAUCAACGUCAUGAAGGGCUGUCUAGCCAACCAAGCUGAUCUUAACACUGAGUGGACACAUCUAGGAGACACAAUGGUAGAGGUGGCUGAGCACCGCUUGAAUGACAUGGACAGUGUGAUCCUCUCUCUUCCAAAUCACAUAGCGGAAGCCAUGUUUACCAUGAUGGAGAACAUCGGCACCAUCAACAGCAAGCUGUUUCAGGCUUGUGGGAACCUCCGAGGAGGAGAGGUCAGCAGCACAGGUGAUGGGGAAAUUAUGAAAAGAGGAAGUAUGACAGUGGAGGACAGGCUGGGAGACACCUCAAACAGAAUGGAAAAGUUGAUAUCCGAUGUAACAACGAGGCUCAGGGGCAUGCGGUCGUAUUGGGUUUCUCUACCAAACUUGCUCUGCAGCGACAGAGUGGCCAUAGGAGCUGGGGCGGAGGAUAUGUGUUGGAAUGGUGGGAGUCGUGCAAGGUAUCUGCCUGAGGCGAUUGGUGAUGGCCUGGCCAACCAGAUCAACAACCCUGAAGUGGAACUUGACAUCACAAAACCAGACAAGACGAUACGACAACAGAUAAUGCAGCUGAAGAUCAGGACCCACAACCUCAGGAAUGCUCUAAUUGGUCGUGAUACUGACUUUCAAGACACCAAUGAUGAUGUUAGCGGAUCAGGAAGUGGCGUGUGCACAGAUGAAACGUGUUUGCCAGGACCACGCCUUGCUGCCCCCAGCACUGAUCGUCCCAUACAAUACGUCAAUCCACCCGAAAACAACAAAGUUAAAAGUUCAGCCCAGCAAGCCCUCCCUUCCAACACCAUCUACCUGCUUUCACUGCUCCUGUUGCUGCUCAGACGAUAAUCCUGAAUCUGGGACUUGGAGUUGUAAAGAGGAGAGAGAGAGAGAGAGAGAGAGAGAAGAGAAUAUGGGUGUUAGUAACUUUGCCAAAAGUAAGUAAGUGUAGAAACGACAAAGAACGUCAAUUAGGUGGACUUCCUUUUGGAUUCAGAUAAGAACAAGAUCGGAGUUAUGAGUUUCUCUUGUUUUUGUUCUUCUCUUGUCCUUUUUAUGUGUUGCUAUUCUAUGACACCGUUAGAGCUGGUCUUUUCUGCAUCUACAUAUGUUUGGUUUCUAGUGUUUGUGUUCUCUGAGAUUAUAUUUGCACCUAAGAAAUUUUGUACGAGUGUACUAACGUGAUGCUGAUAAAGCAGAGGAGCGAGGACGGAGCACUGCAGCUGUCCUCAUUUGCAUUAUUUGAAUUCCACUUAUAAUAAGUAGACAUUAUUUAUUUGUAAUAACAUUUGGCAGCAGAGCACCAAUUUGAUUAAUCAGGCCAUGCCAUCAUGAACAAAACACACAAACCACUGAUGUGAUAAAAGAAGAUUUAAAGGUUUGAUUACUAGAGGAUAAUCUGAACAUCACGUAUUAGUGUAUUAGGUUUCCCACUUUUUCUGUCACACGGGGAGGACGAGAGCACUGCCCCUCAGCACUUUCUGCCAUUUCAUCUUGUAAGCUGCAAUAAACGCCAUCAUCAUGUUCACAGACAUGUUCCUGGAGGAAGGGUAAUGCGUCCUGUCCUCCAGUCUAUCCAUCCUUUUCUCCUUAUAUUACCCUCUGCUCCAGCCCCUCCCACUCAGCCCCAGUAGAUAGGAAUGCUUGAAUGUGUGGAAAACAAUUGGUUGUUUGUCAAUAUUGACAAUAAUUAUUUAAUACAGUUACAGAGUUGUAAAAUCACCAUCCAGAUUUACCCCAGCAGGUGGCAGAUUUGCUCUGUUUAGCACUGAUUGAACUGAGACCAAAAACUAUUGUUUUUAUACUAGACUCGUCAUCAAAAUCACCGGCUGUUAUAGAAUAAGACUAAAUAUUAUGAUCAAAUUUGGUCACAUUGAGAAAACCUUGACAGACAGUGUCCAAGUAGGGAGUCGGUUCAUAAAAAAGUGGGUUUUUUUUAUUUCCUCCUAGGAGUGAUGAUGCUUAAAAUUAGAACAUAAUUCAGAAGUGUUGACAGAUGCUGUCAGCAGCUGGUUCAUUUAGAAAACAUGGAGACAUUUUUUGGCGCGUCAUGCAUUGUAGUUGUGUUUUGCCUUUGCUCUGCCCUCCCACACUGCAGUGACUUUUUCAAAUACACAGCCACUAACAGCUGAUUUUAAUCCUCAGAAGGGGAAGAUCAAAUAAAUUGUGCUUGAAAACUGAAAUUUGACUAAAUAAUUGUAUGCAUUGACAAGUAAAUUAUUUCACUGAUAAUUUGGAGCUGAAAUUAAUAGCUGAUGGAACAUUUUAGAAUAACCCUUAGAAUCUAGCAGGCCUUUGGUUUAAAGGGAUACUAAGCAGUUUUGCCUGAUUUUAGCACCCCCUAGUGUCUGUUAUUAAUUGUCUGUGCUCAAAGCAAAUGUGAAACUUAUCUCCUCACUGUGUGUU